AUGGAAACUAUCUUCCAAAAGAGCCGUAGAGAGAAGUUUUAUGAAACAUAUCAACAACUGUCAUUAAUUGCUUUGUUGAGUAAGUACUGCUCUUUUGAGAUCAAACCAUCUAAAUUUCAUAAAGUCAAUUGUACACAACUACCACGAAUAAUUUCAAUAAAGGUGAACGAAGAGGAGCCAGUCAAUGUACGCAAGUUGGCUCUCCAACAAUGUUUACACUUCUUUGAUAUCGACGAAAAGAAAAUGUCGAGAAACACAGCACAUAAGAGAUUCGAUAAAAAUUUCCACACAUUCAUUAGUAACUUUCUUAUUGAUAUUGCUUUGGAAAACGGGUUUUCGUUGAACACCAGAUUUGCAAAGGAAACACAUAAGACUUUCAGGAGUGAAAGGGUGGUCUGUAUGAAAAGGAGCGAUGGAGUCUACUUGGGUCAACAACAAAUAGAAGCACUUGGGAAAGACAUGUUAGAGUACAUAUCAAAGAACACUAAUAGGAUUGAAGCUAUCCACAUAGAAAAAGGUAGUAAAAUUGUACAAAAGGUUAUAGAGAAUGUUUGUCAUCUGAUUGUGUAA